AUGAUUGACAAGAUAGACACCACCAAUACAGACUUGUGGAAAUAUGUGGACGAUACCACAGCCACUGAGAUGGUAGAAAAAGGAGAGACAAGUAAGAUCCAGAAUAUAGUAAAUGAACUAACAGAAAAAACGUAUAGGAACAAAUUGCAGUUUAAUGAGAAAAAAUGCAAAGAGCUUCAGAUUUCUUUCACAAAAAAUCACCCUGAAUACGCACCUAUAGUUAUUAAUGAUAAACCAAUAAAAAUUGUGACUACCAUCAAAUUACUGGGUCUGCAGUAUUGGUGUUGGAUCGAUGAGAAUCGAACCCGCAGGCAUCAGAGGUGAAAGGCGAGCUUCUAACCACUGCGCCACCCAAGCCCAAUAAAUGAUGACGUUUCAAUAUGAACAUUUCUCCUGUUUUUUUUUUCAUGCGCUGAUGUUUCAAGAUGAACAUUUCUCCAGUGAUGCUGAGGUACGCUGUUGUGAUCUAUGGUCCGAACUACCCAUCGAAGAUCUGUGAAGCAGGUCCAUGGUAAAUUAAUUUUAUCCGUUUUUGCGGGCAUUUUAAUUUACUGUUGAUUCCCUUUGCAAAAAUACAGUAACAAUCUAUGAACUAUAGCGCCUGAAAGGUAAGUAUUUAUAAAUAUGUUCACCCAUUUGUUACGGAGAUAUGAAAGAACAUUUCUUGGUUGGUGUUAGUGUUAGGGUUAUAAAAAGAUAAACAAAGAUAAGAGACAAAAGAAAAUAACAUUUUAUAUCCAAAGAGAAUAAUUCAUUCAUAUAUAUUUAUAAUAUAAAAAAGGCGCAUAUUUUAUUUUAUUUUAUUCUAUUAAAAUGUUAUUUUACAUGACGUAUCAUGAAAAUUAUCGCUGUGGUGGUCAAAUUAUUGCGGUCUCACUUCUUUUUUGCCGCCAUUUUAUAAAAUUGUAAACAUGUACUGAGCGAUGAAGAAAGCAAACCGUUAUUGAUGCACACAAGAAAAAUGAGCGAAAACAAUAUUUGAAAACGCAAUCAGGGCACUUUCAAGGACAAUAUUAUUACCAAAAGAAUUUGCCCCUCGAAAAAGUAAGUAAAAUUCCCACUACCUCCCUGACUAACAUUUCUGAAUCAAUUGAAGCAAAUCGAAAAUAUGCCACCCCUGCAAUUUAGAUUAAGUGAAAAUAUUCUGGUGCUUCUCUUUGCAGUAUUGGUGUUGGAUUGUUGAAAUGAUUCACCUGAACCAAACCUUGUAGGUUGUAGUUUCUCUGGGUACUACAGUUUCCUCACACAGCAAGAAAAAUCUGUUUGAAGAAUGUGUCCACUUUCAUGACGAUUUGACUGGCACUGCAUGUAUUUAUUGUUGAGCUACAGACAAGACAUUCAAAGCAAUACAUUUUGCCAGAACUAAUUAUUUGCACAUUCAGCUUUUUAUUUUCUUGUCUCAAUCAAUCUGCAGGCAAAAAUCAUUGCAUACACUGUGGCAAUCAAUACACCAGACGGAAAUCUUAGUUUAAAGAUAAAGAGCAAAGCCCAGCAAAUAACUUUAAAACCAAACAUAAUAAAAGUAAAAAUUUAAUUAGCUAACAUUUCGUUGUUUACAAUACAACAUCUUCAGAGCAAUUUAAAUGAAUUUACUGGGUAUGGUAUAUAUAUUUACAAAAUAAUGGUUUAAUAUUACAAAAACGGUUACAUAAUUUGAAAGAACAAAUUAAUAGAAAGAAAGGAAAACAACUUAUCAGUAACUAGUUAAUAAGUAAAGAUUAAUGUUAAGUGCAUGGUUAGUAUAGUUAAGUUAAUAUUACAUAACUAAAAUAACUCAAGAUGGGUAGAUCUAAUAUUAGCAUUAAGGACAGGGUUAAGUUGAAAAAUUAAUAGGCUUUCACGGAUAAGAAGAUCCCACUCAGAAGUGCCUGAUGAUAGAAUUUUUAAAUCAGAAGCGGAGACUGAGUGUUUGUGCAUGUGUUUGUGAGCGAGUAUACUGGACAUGGUUGAGAUAGAGCGUUCUUUUCCAGUCAAAGAUCUGAGAUCACAUGUUGUGUUUCAGUUCACAUGUCAAUGCUGUAGCGCAUUGUAUGUUGGCCGAACACGCCGACACAUUCACACACGUAUCUCAGAGCAUAUGGGAGUCUCGCCUUUGACUGGAAAAGAACGCUCUAUCUCAACCAUGUCUAGUAUACUUGCUCACAAACACAUGCACAAACACUGAGUCUCCGUUUCUGAUUUCAAAAUUCUAUCAUCAGGCACUUCUGAGUGGGAUCUUCUUAUCUGUGAAAGCCUAUUAAUUUCUCAACUUAACCCUAUCCUUAAUGCUAAUAUUAGAUCUACCCCUCUUGAGUUGUUUUAGUUAUGCAAUAUUAACCUUAACUAUACUAACCAUGCACUUAACAUUAAUCUUUACUUAUUAACUAGUUACUGAUAAGUUGUUUUCCUUUCUUUCUAUUCAUUUGUUCUUUCAAAUUAUGUAACUGUUUUUGUAAUAUUAAACCAUUAUUUUGUAAAUAUAUAUACCAUACCCUGUAAAUUCAUUUAGAUUGCUCUGAAGAUGUUGUAUUGUAAACAACGAAACGUUACCUAAUUAAAUUUUUACUUUUAUUAUUGUUGGUUUUAAAGUUAUUUGCUGGGCAUUGCAUACACAUACAACACAAUGAUGUGGACAUCAACUGAUGUCUUGUUUUUUAAAUGAAAUACAAUGAUUUACAUAGGUUAUGUUAGGUUAAAAUACUAUAUACAAAUUAGCAUAUUAUAUGUAACCCAGAAUAAUGUGAGAGGUGCAAAUUAAAUAAUAACAACAUAGUGUUGAUAUAUGCUGAUUUGUAGAUGUAUAUGUUGUAGUUUCCUGUAUAAUUUUAUUAAUAUAUUCCAUAAUGUGAUUUACAAUUUUUUGUUUAUUUUAUAAUAGUUUUGUUUUUGAUUAAAUCCAUCUGAUUGAAUAUUUGUCACAUGAUCAUAAAAGCUCAUGUAAUUUUCCAGACCCCCGCAACAAACUUCCUGACAAAGGGCCUUCACUCAAAACAUUGAAGUCUACCCUUGUAUUUGCAGGUAGUAGUUGCAUCCCUACCAAAGCAUGCUUCAAAUAAAGAUAGUUCUAGGUUUCUACUAUGCACUGUGUGUGGCAUAAUACAUACACUUAGCACUUUACUGGGAAUCUUUAAACUCCAGUGUUUUGUGACUUCUGUAGAUUAAUUUUAUCACUCGAGAUAAAUCUUGAUCACUAGGGUCAACAAACUAUCCACAUUAAACAGUUACUAUUAGACUGGCUACAAUUUGCUGCUGUUAUCACAUGAACAUUUCUUGGUUGUUUGCUUAUAAAACCACUUUGUCCUGGUAUCCAGUCAAAACGUCCCCAGGUUAAAACUAGGCUGGAUCAAUAUACCUGAUAUAUCCGAUAUACCGGUAUUUGUUUGGAUACCGGUUUGGCGAUAUUGACAAUUUAAAAAUACCGAUAUACUGACAUUUCGGUAUUUUGCUGCCUAAUACCGAAAUGAAACGCUAUUUCAAGUCAAACUUGCUUACAAUCACCAACCUCGUCCCCAGGGCCUUUGAGCUGGAGAAGGCCCUGGCAUCGGCUGAAAUUUACACCCCAAAUUUUGGGGUGUAAUAAAUUAAGACCCAUAUAAUAUAUUCAAAUUAUAUGCAAUAUUUAAUUCUGAUGGCCAAGGAGCGGUGAACACGAAUAACAGUAUUUCACACACGGAAUGUUGUCAAAAUGUGGAAAUUUUCUGAUACGUUUAAGCGGUUACAUGUAGCAUUUGCUAUGAAUAAUUUUCCCAGUUUUUGUUUGAAACCAAAGCAAGUUCAAUGCUUUGAAUAUUUGCUUCAAGGCUUCGAUGUGUUGUCGAUUCUUCCAACUGGCUUUGGAAAGUCGCUGUUGUUUCAGCUUUUGCCAGACCUUUUGCCAGUUAAAAAGUCGUCCCAGAAUAUCGUUCUUGUUGUCUGUCCGUUAUCAAGUAUAAUCGAAGAUCAAAUCAGUGCUCUGAGUUUGAUUGGAAUUCCAGCAGAAAUUUUACCAAAUACAUGCGAAGAUUCUUCACAUUUAUACAAUUCGGAGUCGUUGUUUGAUCGCAAGGAGGAUACAAACGAACAAACUUCGGAAGAAUGUAAUGUAAACGUUUCGAAAGCAGUGAUCGAUGGAAAGGCGAAAUUGUUAUUUGCUCAUCCCGAAGCUCUUCUAAGCACGUUCGGAAGAAAGCUUUUGAUUAGUAAAGUGUAUCAGGAUAAUGUGGCGGCUUGCGUUAUUGAUGAAGCACAUUGUGUUGAAAUAUGGUAAGUUUGUUAAUAUUAACACUAUUCAAUAUAUGAAAUUUAAAGAUUACACAUCUUGAAACACAUCUCAAUGUAAUCUCGCGUUGGGCACUAUCUUGCGUUGGGUUCAUAAAUAAAACUUUUUAAGAUUUUGUAUUGACAAGUUACAACAACCACAGGGGUCCAAGUCCAACUAUUAAAGAGCUUUUGUUAUGAAUAUGAAUAAAACUUCUGGAAUUGACUCAUGCAUAAGUGCAAUAAUUUAAAUGUAUUAUGUUAUGUUUUAUUCAUAUUCAUAACACAGCUCUUAGUUGGACUCCUUGUGCAACAACAACAUUUUAUUUUUACCAAUUAUAUCCAAGGCUAUUUUUAAUUAUAUUUAGUCUUGCCAAUUAGCACAGUGUCACAGCAACUGACAGCUUAUGUCAAUUACUGUGGGCCCUUUUACCUACCACGCCCUGUCAACUUUCCCUGUGUGAGGAAACCCACAACAUUCGGCAGAGUGCUAACAUUUACUCUUUUCAUGAGGACUGGGUUUGAGUCACAUUGAGAAAGCUCCCACUUAGAUUUGAAUCACCUUAUGGCCAGUUUAUGAGUUCAUUGGCGAAGUACAAUCGGCUGCUCAUGUUUUAUCUAGUACUUAAAGUAUUUUAAUGAUAUACUGUAUAGAUGCCAUUUCAAGACUAAAAACACACUCAGGCACCUAUUAUAUAAUAAUGAAAGACAUAUAAGGCCAUAUAAAUCAUAAAAUCUUAAGAAUUCUAUGUCAAAAAUGUCUGACAUUAAUUAAACCCAUUGAGUUGCAUUGCACCCUGAUGCACCCUACUUUAGUAUUUUACUCUGUCUGUCUAAUGCCAGACGAUUUUACUCGUCAAGCCCCUGGGAGAGCGCUGGCACUUAAUGGGUUAACUGGCCUAUCUGCCCAUGUGUCUAGUUAACCCAUUGAGUCGCAUUGCACCCUGAUACACCCUACUUUAGUAUUUUACUCUGUCUAACCCCAGACGAUUUUACUUGUCAAGGGGAGAGUGCUGGUGCUUAAUGGGUUAAUAAUAUGUUUCAUUGUUUCUGCUGUGUUAAUAUAAACUAAAACCAUAGCUUAAUAAUUCUUGGUCCAUUAUAAUUGAUCGUAAAUAUUUUUUUACAAAGGGGGAAAGAAUUCAGAACAGACUUUAAAGAGUUAUCAUGCUUGAAAGCUUUCUUUCCUCAAGUGCCCAUGUUAGCUCUUACUGCAACAGCACCACCAUCACUCAUAAAUAGUUUAACAGAAAGCUUAUGCAUGGACUCAGACGUGAAGAUAAUCAAUAAAAAUCCAAACAGAGAAAAUGUUUUUCUGGACAAAAAGAUUCGUCUUCCCAAUCAGUAUGGAACAGCAAGCUAUGAAGAAAUACUGAAGCCAAUUGCAGAAGAGCUGUUACGACAACAAGAAAAGUAUCCAAUGACAAUUGUGUACAUGAAACUUAAAUACUGUGGUUUUGCCUAUCAAUUGUUUAACAGAAUUCUUGAAGAUUGUCAGUUUGUUGGAAAUGAUAAGGAACCUUGCAGUCGGUUGUUUGUACAGUUUCAUGCUCCACAAACAUCUCGUAUGAAAGUGGAGAUAUUAAAUGAGAUAAAGAAAGAAUCAUCUAGAAUUAGAGUUUUAUUUGCAACUACUGCACUUGGAAUGGGUGUGAAUGUCCCUUAUGUAUCAAGAAUUAUCCACAUAGGGCCCCCCUCUUCACUCGAGGCAUACAUGCAAGAAAUUGGCAGAGCAGGUCGUAGUGGAGGCAAGUCGAUUGCAACCAUGUAUUAUAACAAUUCAGACAUUGCUAAAAACAAGGAUAUUAUUGACGACUCUAUCAGACAGUAUUGUACAAGUGUAACUGUUUGUCUCCGGAAAAUAUUGCUCAAUUAUUUUGGAUUUAAAAGAGUUGAACAAGAAGAGUGCUGUCUUAUUUGUGAUAAGUGUUUAGAUGAUGGUGUCGUCACCCAUAUUACCACAGGAAAGGUGAGAGACAUCCCAAACGAAUGUAUUGAACAAUUUUAUACGGAAGCUAAGAGAAUUAUUGACACACAUAUUUAUAAUGCUGAACAUUCUAGUUACCUUAUGAAUUAUGGCAAUGCUGAUAGUAGUGAUCAAGUGAAAAAGAUCAUGGAGGGGGUAUGCUUUAUUGAAAGCGAAAAAGACUUACUUCACAAUUAUGAUAUCUGGGAUGAAAACUGUUCAAAAGCUUUAUUUGAACUAAUUACAAAACUUGCACCAAAUAUUUAAAGGUAAAUGGAAUAUUAAUUUAACGGAACUUUACUUUGAGCUAUUUGAUACACAUCUGUUAGCUAAUAAACUAGACCCCUUAAUUAACUAUAUAUUUCAUGAACAUCAAGUCAAUAGAAUUAGAAUAAGACAAAACUUAAAAAUUCUAUCAAAUUAAUAAAUUUAAAAGUCCUAUUUACAUAUUCACAACAAUAUAUUUACAUAGAAUUACUAAGGGUUGGCCAGACCAGACUACAGGUGUGUAUAUAGUUACCAUUCAGGGGGGGGGGAUAUCUCAAUGCCAUGGAGGAAAAAUGACCCUAAAGAGGAAGAGGACUGAAAGACGGAAAGAGCAAGGAAGGAGGGAAAGAAAGAGGGCAAAAAGGUGUAUUCCAUGAAAAAUUUUGAUGGUAGAUUUGCAAAACUUUUGUAGAUGGUAGAUGGGGGGGGGGGUCAUCAAGUUUCCAGAAAACAUUAACCAUCCUGGUAAUUAUAUACACCCCUGCAAGGCCACUGUACAUAAAUUUGUAAAUAUAUGUACAUACAAGGUAUAUGUGUCAACCAAAAUGCUUUCAUUUUCAAAUCCAAUCACAUCUGUUUCAAUGGUGGAACAAAGGUUUCUGUUUUAUAUAUAAUAUAUAAACACUGACAGAAAAGAAUUAAAGCAAUUCUUGUAUUUCCAGUUUAGUUUUGAACUGAUUGACAAGUCUCUCUUUCUAACUCUGCCCCUCCAAACUACAUCAUGUAAUGUACACUAUAGUUGAUCAAUAUGACAAUGAAAGAGAGACUUGCAUCAAGUCUAAUUUGCAUAUGAUGUCACACAUGACCAGCUUUGAAACUGGCAGCCAUCUUGCAAAUUGGUAACUAUUUAACUCUUUUAAAAUCAUUAAAUGUCUAUUGAAAUGUUCAAAGAUUUGAGAACAACAACAUUAUAUCAAAAAAUUCUAGCAAUUAGUAAUUAAUAAUUAUUAAUAAUUAUUAAUUGUUAAUUAAUUCUAUUUUUUGUUCAAAAAUGGUGGAAGUCGCAAGUUGUCUAAUUACCAUUUUGAGAACAAUCUGCUUGGAUUGACUUUUAGCGAUUGUUCUUCCAAACAUACUAAAAUUCAACUUGCACUUUAUUUGCUUGUUGUAUAAAGUGGUUCCACUUUACCUAACAAAUUUUUUUAAUGGGUCUUGCGUUUGUUGCAAUAUCUUCAAUCUCUGAAGUGAAACAAUAACGAGGUUGACACACAUUCUUAAACUGUUACCUGUGAGGGUGUUUUACUGUGAGAGUUGACUCUUGUGCAGAUCUAACCACUGAUGAAAAUCCACAAUAUUUAACUUCAGUAGUGGGGAUCUUUGGAUUUGUGGAAAUGACUCAUGUGAUCGUCCAUCAAUGUGUGUGAAAGGAUCCAAUUUUAUAAGGUCUGCAAUCAUUUCUUUCUCUUCUUUUAGGCAAUCUCUGCCAGUAUGCUGGACUGAAGACUUGUGUAUGUUCAAUCCUUGGUCAUAAGACUGAAGAACUUCAGUCAUUCCACUUACAGACUUGGUCAACCUGCUGAUGGACUCAAUGGUUUUGUUUGGUCCCAUUCGUUGUACCAUGUUCUUACUUAGUUUGUUGGUUAUUUCCUGUACCAAAUCAUCUUCUAAAUUAUGGCCAUAACCACCUCUCCAAUUUGUAAAGAAUCCCCACUUGAAUUCUGCUGAUAGGCGCGGUGUAAGUAAACAUUCCAUUUGUGCAAUGCUCACAAACAUCUCAAUUGCAUACUUACUGUAUGUCCCCAAAGAUUUGAAAAUGAGUAAGAGCAACUUUUGGUUAACGAGGUUGCGAUCUCCAUCCGCUUCAGCUGCGGUAUCUUUAAGCUGCAAAAGGACAACUGCGAAGAAGAUACAUGACAUUCCAUAGUUCAUAACAUAGUCCUCUUUGUCAUGAUUUGCCGCAUUGAAUUGUUUUUGUAAGAAGAAUGUGUCAAUAAAUCCUCCAAGUGCUUCAUCAAAGUACUUCUGCAUUGCUUCGAUGGUGUCACAAAUUAAAUUGUCAGGAAAGACAUGAACUGUUGGUUUGUCAUUUAGUUCUGACAUACCAAAAUAUUUCAAAGCAGCUACAACUAUGUAAGCCCGUCCCAUACUGAGGAAUAAUUCUUCGCUCCCUUCAUAGCAAUCCAGUACCUUUUUUGGCGUUGCAUUUUGCCUGUUGUAUUUCUCUCUGAAGUACUUUAGUGUACCAACUUGACUUACAGAAUGAGGAUUGUGCAGAUAUGUGUAACAGUAUUGGAGGAAAGAAGCUUUGGUAUGCCACAUAACCGGCUUGAAUGGUGAACAAUGUUCAAACCUGUCACUUGGUGUAUGUGAGCCAGCUAAUAGGUCUUUAGCUCCCGCAAAUCGUACACGAGUAAGCUGAUCGCCACCAAAGACUACUUUCAUAUCUUUCAUCGGAUCAUCACUUGAAUGACAUGUGUGGGACCUAGCCUGACCUUGUGCAGCUGGACCUACAGUAAUAAAUAUAAAUUCAUAGGAUUCAUUUGAUGUGACCAAAAAUCAACAUGACACAUUGCUAGUUUGUCUUGCUGAUUUCGGGUUAUGCUGCCACAUUCGCAUGACCUUUACUGAUAACAGUUACUAUUGUGAUUGUAUGAAGGCAAUUUAGCCAAAAGUUUAGGGUGGAUUUUAGCUCAGACAUACUGAAUAUCAGGCCAGUCAUAUUAUUCAGCUUAAAUCAAAAGCAACAAUAAACGGCUGUUUUAUCGGCUAUAUAAAAAGCCUUACUGUAAUCAGUAAUUAAAAUGAAGAUUAGUUUGUUCUUUUGCCGAAAGUGACUGGGCAAAGUAAGAAUUUGACCACACAACUCCACAUUCUGGCCGGACAUUGUCCAUUGGCUGACUGUUAUUUUGGUCCCUGGCUGAAAUGGUGAAUAACCUCAAAUUAUUGGUGGCUUUCAUUAUAGGUGUUAUAUAUAGCAAAUUGAGUGGGGGUCAACCUGAAAUGUAUCAAUUAACGAUCAUGUUGUACUGGAGUGAGCAAAUGACACAGAAUUGCACAUAUUUGCUGCCAAACAAAAAAAGGCCAAGACAUUAUACAGUGAACAAAUAAUUCACUCAUAUCAUGACUGUGUCUCAAGUUGACCCCCAUUCAAAUAUAUGAAACCCAAGAGUACAAAAUAAUUAAAAUCAUAGCCAGAACUUGUUGCAAAACCUUUUCAACUUGAGUAAAAUGAUUUUAGUAAAAAAAUAGGAACUAAAUACGUAGUAACGAAUGUGAAAUUUACUGAACUUUACUUCACAAAAUGUAGCUAAGUGUGUAUGCAUCGGCUAUUUGUUUUGGCUUAGGCUCAGUUGUGUUAUGGGCUUAGGCUCAGUAUGGUAGUGUUAAAUGUGAUCAUGCAUGCAUGUUGCACUAUUUACUCUAGGCAUGUAAAAUUUGUUUCACUUCUAUGUGUGUAUAUAAAACACACACAGAAGUGAAACAAAUUCUAUGUGGUUUUCAUGUAUAUAUAUUGAGAAGUUCAAAAAGGAAGGAAUUUUUCAUCGGCAUUUUUUACAUUUAUAUAGUAUUCCCACAUAGAUAAUUAAUUGGUUUUGUUACCCAUGCUAUUACUGUUUCAGUUUUGAACGUAUAAAGGAACACUUUAGUUAUGCAUUGUAUGUUUGGUUUAACCAAAAAACACUGCAACUGAAACAAAUAAGAAAAAAUAUUUUUUUAACCUACCAUCAGGUAAAGGUGGGUUAUCGCAUUCAGGAAGUUUCUCCAGCAAACCCGCUUCGUGAUAUAUUUCAGCGAUCCACUUCUCGUAAGUACGUAAGAUCUUCACACAAUCUCCGUAAUUCGCCUCGUUCGCAUCGAUUAUUGGCAUAGGGACGACGAAAGAUUUCUUUGACAUUUCUUCGCUAUAUUGAUGCUGAAUAUGAGCCGGUAUGACUUUCUUUAGAAAGCUGAAUGUAGGGAAAAAUUCGACGAGAACCCGUGCAACAAGGAUCUUUGCAGUUUCAGCAAAUUUCUUCCAUUCAUGAACAUUUAAAUGAAACUUAGAUCUUGGACAAGAUUUAAUGUCACCGAGCGGACUAUCAUUCGGAAGGUGUUGAAAGUUAACACGAUUCUCAAUCAGAUUUGAUGCGAAAAGAUGUAGGUCUUCAUUGUGAACCUCUUUUCUCAUCUGACCCUUUGAUAAUAUAAUAAAAAUGUUUUAAUAUUAAAUAUUUUAAAAUCAAUGGCCAUCUGCGUUAUAUUUAUAGACUAAAUUUUGAUCUAGACAAAAGUUUCAUCACAUCUGGAAAGAGCAUCACAAAAUUAGUAAUAUCCCAAAGUUUCGUUGCGAAAUGUUGUAAAAUGCGGAUAAUAUAGCCUUGCUAAAUUUGCAAUUUUCAGUCCUUUUAGAUUACAAACGGGAAAUUGAUGCCCCAACACCCGAUUGGGCUGUCAAUUUCCCGUGCGUAAUACCAAAUGACUGAAAAACGGCAAACUUCGCAAGGCUAUAUUAUAUGAAAUAUAGGCUUUGGAAUAUUACUAAUUUUGUGAUGCUCUUUCAAGCUGUGAUAAAAUUUUCGUCUAGACCAAAAUUUAGUCUAUAAUGCAAAUGGUCCAUUGUUAUUAAAUAUUGAUGUCACGCUUAAUAGCGAAACUUGUAGUAACCAUUCCAGGUUAACGUUUGCAAUAUAAACGAACGUUAAUUUUACUGUCGCGAGGCUUAUACAUAUUAAAAUGGUUUUAAAAACAUUAAAUUUAAAAACUAAUAUGUAUUUAAUCUUGUAGACACGUUAUAGCGUUGUUCGUUCAGGUAGUUAUUAAGAAAUACCUAUGGCUAUGCACUUGCGUAUUACCUUCAAAAUUCUUAUGUCCCAGUUAUCUCCCGUACCACGAAAAGUCUUCCCACUCUUAAGCUUCUCCACUGUCUUGUCAAGGAAAUGACCACCCAGUAACGUGAGUAAAGUAGUGCGUCUGCUAUGGGACAGGCAAACACCAAGCUUAUUCAGGCGAUGUUGUAACUAGAAGAGAAACCUUUUAUUACAAAUUAUAAUUGACAACAAUGUUGCAAAUUAUGGCAAUGCACUACUUUAAUAAGCCUAGUUUCUAUUUGGUCUUUAUGUUGAUACUCUAUUUAUACAUCAGCCAUAUUACUGUAAAUUAUACAGAUGAAGGAAAAAGUAAGAAUAAAGAGCGCAUAAUGGCUGAAUUUUACAGUUUCUUAAUACCUAAAUUUGUCCUGUUUUAUAAGAAGGGAAACUGAUUAGCAUCUCAAAUGAUUUUGUUUAUGCAGACUC